AUGGCGUCUGAUGAAGGGUUGCAUGGGAAACUGAUAGUGCGAGGAAGUGCUGUGCAAUGGCCGGGGCGACUAAUGAUGCUGCGUGGCGCAUUCGUCUAUUUUGUAGCUCACCAAAUUUUGAAAGACAUCAUGAAUCCGAAGGGAAUGAAGGGAAGUCAUUUUGGUAGCUCACCAAAUUUUGAAAGACAUCAUGAAUCCGAACAGCGAGCGGCUAGUCACAUGGGAGCCGAGGGUGGCAGUGGUGUCGUGAACAGGAAGCGUUUGUCGAAGCGGUUGAGUGAGUCAGGCGGAGACACGGGAGUAGCUGGAGGCGGAGGUGUGCCGGUUGGACAGAAUGAGCGAACUGGAGGAUCGGAGGUGGGGGAUCUUGAAGACUCAGCGAUCCAGAGUGCAGCACGUGUCGUGGAACGCGGACGUUACGAGUGCUCCAUUUGCACGACGGUCUGCGUGGACCGACAAGGAUUCGCGGACCACCUUUUUGGCUUCCAUUUGGGCAUCGCUCGGUUCUUCUGCCGUUUCUGCGACAAGAAAUUCUACUAUAGGCCAAAAGUGUAUGAACACAUCCGUGAGGCGCACUCGAAGAACGUUGCUGGCAAGAAGAAGAAAGGCGUGGUGCCGUUCUUGUACCAAAUUGAGCCGGACGCCAAGGUGAAGCUUAUGACGUUUCUCAAGGGCAGGGACGGACGGGACGGUGCAACGGCAGUGGAGCUGCAUUGUCUGGGCUCUCGCGUGGCUGGUGUUAGGCGUCAGCGUGGCGGAAAAAGCACGGGGAAGCCGAAGGCCGUGAAACCUGGUGGACCGAAAGCGUUGUUCCCUUGCCACUGGUGUGACAAGGAGUUCACUGCACAGUCGUACUUGGAUCGACACGUGAAGAAAGGUGGCUGUAAUCGACGCCGCGGGAAGCUUCGCGCAGCAACACCCGUGGAACACACUGGAAACGGUGCGACGCACACGCCGUCGCCGACGAAUUGCUCGCCGUCUCCAACGGCCACUCCGACGCCUUCGCCCGCGUCCUCGGCGUCCCAACCGUCCAUUCGGAGCCCACUUUCAAACAGCUCGUCGGACGGCGGCUCGGCCGGUAAUUCGGGUUUUCGGCAGCCGUUCCAGCCACGUGGCGGCCCGAACACGCAACAGUCUGUUGUGGCCGACUCCGGACAGCGCCAUGCGGUUUCUGCAUCCACGCCCUACUUCCAACACUUCAACCACCCGCACCCUCCGCGCCAGCCAGGCGACGAUCCCGAGUCGUACGUCCUCCUUGAGCUUUGA